AUGGAGCAGCAAGGCUACGAGGAAGACCUCUUACGAAGAUGGUUCCCACAAGACGCGGAAGGGCCCGCUAAGCACCUCACGGAGACCGACAUAUGCGAUAUCGCGGAGGUCUUGACGCGCAGCUCAAAAGAUGCGUGGAGUCGUGUUCCAAGGAUCUACAGUGUAUUGAGGAAGAUAGGACAGCUGGACGCAAUCGACGCAUUCAUUGACGAUGGAUUCACAGACGUUUCUUUCCCAUUCUCUGGGGCCACUCUACCCGAAACACUACGCGACCACUCUGCGCGACUCAAUUUCCUCGAGUUGCAGCAUCUCGUUUACGAUACCCAGGCCCUCGAUCUUGAACGACACGCACGUCACGGUCACUUCAGCGACCCGAAAGACGUACCGCUAAAGAAGCUUGGUGAACUAGGGAAGGGUGGUUUUGGAUACGUUGAUAGGGUUGUCAGCACCAUCAGCCAUAAGGAAUACGCGAGGAAGCUCAUAUCGAGAGGAAGAACUUUCCGGAAGGACAAGCAGGUCUUGCGCGCUUUCACCAAGGAGUUGUCGAAUCUCAAAGGUCUAUCGCAUAGACAUCUUGUCAAACUCGCCGGUAGCUACACCGAUAAAAAGUUCGUUGCCAUCAUUAUGCUUCCUGUUGCAGACAUGAAUCUGCAGACGUUUUUGGAGAACACUAAUCUCGACGACACCUCUCGGUCUUUCCUGAGGCCCUUUUUCGGCUGUCUCACAUCGGCGCUUUCGUAUCUGCACGACAAUCGUAUACGUCAUAAAGAUAUCAAACCAUCAAAUGUUCUCAUCAAGCAUGACCAGGUCUACUUGACAGACUUCGGGACGUCACUGGAUUGGUCUGGAUGUGACAACAGUACCACGGUCACCGCCCCACCGACAACACCCCGCUAUUGCGCACCAGAGGUGAUGGCCUUUGUGGAACGCAAUACAUCAUCCGAUAUCUGGUCCCUCGGUUGCGUGUUCUUGGAGAUGUGGACGGUUUUAAAGCGUUACACGCUCGACGAAUUGAAGGCACACAUGUCGGACAACGGAACCCACAUCAAAGAGUAUCAUCACAACCUCGAGGCUAUUGCGGUUUGGAUUCAGAUACUUGAGAAUGCAGCAGGGCCAUCAUGCGAUUUGGUGCCGUCAAGAUGGGUACAAAAUAUGCUCCAGCACAAGCCAAGAUCUCGGUGGAAUUGCCACAUCCUUGCCAACCAUAUCCACGAAGCGAGUAUAGACCCUUCUUCAGAGUAUGCCUUCAAGGGUUUAUGCUGCCUUGAGCCAGACGACGGCACUACCGAUGAGACCGAAUCUUCCGAUGGAUAUUCGGAAGCUGGAUCCAUCACACCGUCGCUACCUUCUAUCGAACGAAAGGAUUCCGAGCCGGUCGUAGAGUCCGCAGCAUCACCUGAAACCCAGAUUGAGAACUUACUCGAUGCGCCAAUUCCCCGUAUAUCAGUCAAUGACUGCUCUGCUCCUCCUGGAGCGUUUGUCGAAGAUGAGAGCGACUCUUUAGCACGUGAGCUGCAUGACCCUUCAACACCAAGAAAGGCUACGGUAGACUCAGAAGAAGCUGACGCCGAACACGACGAUGCAAUGUACACAGCUACGAACAGCAACUUCAGUGGCUCUGACGAUGAGACCCUCCAGAAAGAACAGACGAACAAAAUACCAACAAGAUUCAAGAAGCGUGAGCCUAGAAGCGAGGGUACAGACACCGAAGCGGUAUCUAAGAGUGACAGCUCAAUGUUCAAAGUGGCUGCAGAAAGGUUUUGGAAGAUAGGUAGAAAGAAGGCCGGAACAAAGGAUGAAGCAUCCACAAGCAAACGUGGUGCACCGAGACAGCGAACUGAACGCAAAUUUGCGAACAUCGAGAGUGACUCGUCGGAUUCGCAUGAUGAGAAAAGGCGCUACGAGGCAGCCUACUGGGCUCGUACUAAGGAGCAUGAUCGACUCAUGGCAGAAGAGCGUCGAAGUCACGAAGACAUCCGAUACACUGGCGCCACUCAGCGACCGAAGCCCGUCAGACACGGUGAAGCGAGAAAGCUACCGGUGCCAUCAAUCAGCGAAGAGAUUUCUCCAGCAAGGCCAAAGUCAGCAGAACCACCUGCGACGAAAGUUUCAGCCGAAACUCGACCACGUUAUUAUCCAACUCUAAAUAAGAAACUGUAUCUCCCUGCUGAGUGUGAACCUGGUAGCGAGCAUCAAUACGGAUCGUACUCAUCCGACGACGACGACGACGACGACGACGACGACGACGACGACGACGAAAGAGGCAGAGAACCAGCGGAAUCUUUCUCUUAUACCGGCAAUGGGCCUGAGGACAUUAUAUGGGCCCCGAGAAGUGCUGGCGACGUCGUCAACCCAAGGCGCUCCAAGCCAGAAGAUGUUAGGUGGGCUCCAAAAAGUGGCGAAGGCUACAGAGCAAAUCCCCCAAGGCCUCGUCGAUACGCCAACUUAGCCAGCAUGGACGCUUAA